GGCGGGGACGAGGAGGAGGAGGAAAAGGAGGAGUCCGAGCAGCCCGGAGAGGCCGCCACGAAGGAGCCGCCCGGCCCGGCCCGGCCUUAGCCCGAUAAAACAGGAAGAGGAGACAGAAGCCCUGUGUAGCUUGCAGUCAUGCCAUUCCCAUUUGGAAAGUCUCAUAAGUCUCCAGCAGACAUCGUGAAGAAUCUGAAGGAAAGUAUGGCAGUUCUAGAGAAGCAAGAUAUCUCUGACAAGAAAGCAGAAAAGGCUACAGAAGAGGUUUCCAAAAACCUGGUUGCUAUGAAGGAGAUCUUGUAUGGCACCAACGAGAAGGAGCCCCAGACAGAGGCUGUGGCCCAGCUCGCUCAGGAGCUGUACAACAGUGGCCUCCUCAGCACGCUUGUAGCUGAUCUACAGCUCAUUGACUUUGAGGGCAAAAAAGAUGUGGCCCAAAUUUUCAACAACAUCCUCAGAAGACAAAUUGGUACAAGAACUCCUACUGUCGAAUAUAUCUGCACGCAACAGAAUAUUUUGUUCAUGUUAUUAAAAGGGUACGAAUCUCCAGAAAUUGCUCUUAAUUGUGGAAUAAUGCUAAGAGAGUGCAUCAGACAUGAACCUCUUGCCAAAAUCAUUUUGUGGUCAGAGCAGUUUUAUGAUUUCUUCAGAUAUGUUGAAAUGUCGACAUUUGACAUAGCUUCAGAUGCAUUUGCCACAUUCAAGGAUUUACUUACAAGACACAAGUUGCUGAGUGCCGAAUUUUUGGAACAGCAUUAUGAUAGAUUCUUCAGUGAAUAUGAAAAGUUACUUCAUUCAGAAAAUUAUGUGACAAAAAGACAGUCGCUCAAGCUUCUCGGGGAACUCCUGUUAGACAGACAUAACUUCACAAUUAUGACAAAAUACAUCAGUAAACCUGAAAACCUCAAACUGAUGAUGAACCUUCUGCGAGACAAGAGCCGCAACAUACAGUUUGAAGCCUUUCACGUCUUUAAGGUGUUUGUAGCCAACCCUAACAAAACACAGCCAAUCCUAGACAUCCUUCUCAAGAACCAAACGAAACUGAUUGAGUUUCUCAGCAAGUUUCAGAAUGACAGGACCGAGGAUGAACAAUUUAAUGAUGAGAAGACCUAUUUAGUUAAACAGAUCAGGGAUUUGAAGAGACCAGCACAGCAAGAAGCUUAAUCUCCAAUAAAUAAACAUCUAAAAUAUUAAACCCCAAGUCAGCAUUUGCUGUUAGAUAUUCAGCAUCAGGCACUCGUAUCGAUUCAUGAGGAACAUUACUGCUAAUCUGCUGUUCAGUGAACGGUUUUUCAUUUUCCUUUUUUCAUUUUUUUUCUUUUAGUCCAAGUUGAAAAACAUAGCUGCUGCUUUCUUGCACAUUAGAGCACCGUGUGGACUUUUUCUUGAUCUUUAUGUCAUUUCAGAAUUCAAAGACACUGCUUGUUUGGGGGGUCCUAGGAAUGCGAGGUUUCUAAAAGCCAACAUAGAGAUUAUAGUUUGGUUAAGUGACAGGUUGCAUGCUUGCCAUUCUGAUUCAGUCCAAUACAUUUGCACUUAUUUGUUUGAGAUCUGAGCACAAUAUGACCUGUGCACACUUGGCCCCAUUAGUAUCCAAUUGUAUGCCUUGAUUUAAAAAAAGAAAACAAAAAUGUUCAGUGCUUUAUCUGUAAUCAGAGGGGAAAUGUAUCAAAGAGGUGCAUUCUGGGGGAUAGUUGUCAUGCUAAUAAGCUGAUAGAUAUUGCAACUUAGCAGUUUUUCCAAAGUGUGAAUGGAGCCUGAGAAAGUUCAUAAGGAAAAAUGUAUAUAUGCUUUUCAGUGCUUUCUAGAAAAAAAUUUUUUUUUGACAUUUGAUUUGAUUUUCUUGAGACUUGUCAACUUGGAGAUGUUCAAGGGUUUUUGUUCAUUUUACUUUUUUUGAAGGUAUUUUAAGACAGUAGAACUAGCAGUGACAUUUCAUUUCAACAGUGCUUACAGGUUUCUUUUGUAUAUAACUACUAGACUACUCAUUUCUUGAAAAUGAUUUAAUUUGUACAGCAGAAGAAUGUUAUUGUAUUAGUCUGUAACUAUUACCUAAUAUUGAGUUUUUGCAAAAAUGAAUGCUCCUAUGUAAUUGAAUCUCUCCAAUCCCGUGGAAAUGCUGAUUUCACACUUUCCUGAGUACUUUCUGCAGCAUUAAAGGGAAGAACAACCAAAUUCUUUGUAUUCCCUUCUCUAACUGGGUGCCAUCCAUUAGAAUAGGCUCACUAGAAACUGGAGCCAGUAAACUGUAUUCUUCCUAUAUAAUAUUGGCCAGAUCUAUAAAUAAAUGGUAAAGAUGAUGCUCCAUUCCUGCUGAUUCUUUGGGUGAGGGGUGGGGACUGAAGAAUGGAAGCCCUGGCUUCUUGUAGACCGUGACAAGUUCUUGGUCAUAGACAUCAUGCAGGAAAGGUCCCCCACCCCCUCUCGCCCUGGCUCCCACCUCAUUUCCUCUCCCUAGAUAUUGCAGAUUACCAGUAUUUACAGAGAACUGAUGUUGUAUCACUUUGUUACUGUGACCACAACGAAACAACUCCCACUGGAAUGUAGUUGAGCAAAGUGGCCAGGAACAGGGUUGCCAGGAUCACAACUUGACAACUUUUGGAUCAGAUUCUGAAAGUUCAAAUGCCACCUGGCUGCAGCUGAUUCAGGACUUUGUAGAAUUAUCCAUCCUUCAGAGCCUCUCUUCCUAAUUAAAUUAACUCUCUGCUGGUAGAAUGAGACUCUUGAUUUGUAUUUUUGUUCAUUUUUAAAGCCUUCAUGAAAGGAAGCCAGAUAAGAGCAUGACCCUUAAGAAAAGGGAGUCCAUUUGGUUCUCUUUAAUGGAAAUGAUGCUCAAUAUUAUAAUUGGUCUUUUUAAAGCAAUCUUAAACUACUCUGUGCGAAAUAAUUCACAUUUCCUAUUGGAAAUAGGAGAAGUGACUUAACUUCUGGAAAAGGAAAGUUUCAUUCUUUUUAGAAAGGCACAAGUGGCCACAAGAAUUGUAAGUAUUACUGUUUGUGUUGCCUGGCACUGUAUGAUCUGUGAUUUUAGUGCAGAUACCCUGAUCACAGUUGAAUGGAACAGAGUUUGUUUGCCAAGAUACUUCUCAGAACAUCAAAGCUUCCACUUUGGCAGUGUGUCCUAGCACUAAAGCUUUCUGUCCAUAGAGCAGCAAAAAGGGAAGCGGGGAGUGUGUGAAAUGGAGCCUGGGCUGGGGACUAUCCCAUUAGGUUCUGGCGGCAGUUGCUGUGGUAUUUUUUCUUUAUUUGGGUUUGUUUGGUUUUGUUUUUUUUUAAACAACAGAAUGUGAAAACAUUGAACGUUGAGAAAAAGUUGUGUUUUAGAGUUCUGAUCAUUUGACAUGUUUGUAGUAUGGAAAACUUGUACUGAAAGUGGUUUCUUCUCAAGUGUUAGGAAGGCUCGCAUAGACUAAAGCAGUUAUUUCAUGGGACUUUUACCCUUAAAAAAAAGUAGAGAUGUAUACAAUUGUAACUACUGCAUAUAAAAGCAUUUCAUUUUGCCCAAGGAAAAUGCAUUUAUAUUGGAAAAUCUGGCUGGCCCUGUAAUUUAAAUUGAAAUAAAAUUUUGAAGAAACAAAA